AUGUCCCAGAGGCCUCAAUCUGACCUCCAGGGCACUCAGCCAGAUUUCCUUCCAGCAGCUCCCAACAACACCCAAGCUGACACCCAAGACCCUCUGUCAACUACCUACAACCCCCGAAUCAGUACCCAAGACCCUCCACCUGUUAUCUACGGUCACCAAGUCCAUAUCCAAGAGUCUCCACAAGCUACCAACAGUCGCCGGGUCAGUAUCCAAGAGCCUCCGUCAUCUACCAACAGUCGCCAGGUCAGUAUCCAAGAGCCUCUGUCAGCUACCAACAGUCGCCAGGUCAGUAUCCAAGAGCCUCUGUCAGCUACCGGCAGCCGCCGGGUCAGUAUCCAAGAGCCUCCACGAGCUACCAGCAGUCGCCGGGUCAAUAUCCAAGAGCCUCCACCAUCUACCUACAGUCGGUGGCUCAGUGUCCAAGAGCCUCCAACAUCUACCUACAGUCGCCGGGUCAGUAUCCAAGACCCUUUGUCAAUUAUCCACAGUCGCCGGGUCAGUGUCCAAGAGCCUCUACCAGCUAACUACAGUCGCCGGGUCAGUACUGAAGAGUCUCUCCCGGCUACCAGCAGUCACCAGAUCAGUCCCCAAGAGCGUCCAUCAGCUACCAACAGCUGCCAGUUCAUUAUCCAAGGCCCCUUGCCAAUUAUCCACAGUCGCCGGGUUAGUAUACAAGAGCCUCCACCAGCUAUCAACAGUCAUGAGGACAGUAUCCAAGACACAUCAUCCAUUAUCUCCACUCAUCACUUCAGCAUCCAUGCUCCACCAGUUUUCCAAAGUCACCUGUUCAGUAACCUAAGCUCUCACCCCCUGAAAUCAGCUACUGACCGUAGCCAAGACAAUAUCCAAAACUACCCACCAACAACCCAGACUCCCCACUACAGUGGUCAAAGCCCCUUGUUACAAACCCGGGACAAUGUUGAUGUCCCCCCAUCGAUUACCCACAGCCCUGAGGCUAGUGUCGAAAGCCUUGAAUCGUUAUUCCGGAGCUCCCAGGAGAGUUUCAAAGAAUGUGUGGACAGCUCCCAACCCAACCAAAGUCCUCUAGACAACAUCCACAACUUCUCGCCAGGCAGCUCCAUUUGGGUCAAUUCUGGCCGAUUUCAGAACAAGAAUAGCCACCAAUCACUGCUGCCCAUAUGCUGGAGGCUGCUGCAUGAGGCCAAGAAGAUCAGCCACCGGCUGAGCCUGGCACUGAACAUAGCCAGCAUGAUCAUCCUCGGUCUCAUAUCUCUGGGCCAGCCCUGGAUCCACUUUCAGGUGCCACUGAGGCCCCCUGGGGACCCUGCUGGUUCUCUGACCAUCCCCAUCAGCACCAUCUUCUUUGUGGAGUGCCCUGACAUCUCCUGCCUGCAUGAGUACGACCAGAACGCUUACUUGCUGGACCUUUCCUGGACCUUCCUCCUCUUCUCCAGCAUCGCCAGCAUCUGCCUCUUCAUGGCUCUAAUAAGCAUCAUCUUCUUUACUAGCUCCAACCUGCCCAUGCUGGACUUUUUCCUCUUCAUCACUAGCAUCCUAGCAGGGACCAGCAUCAUAUUGGGUAUCAUGUUCUACCUGCUGCAGGCCCAAGAGUUCCUGCAGGAAGGAAUGACCUACACCCUGGGGAGCAGCUUCUACCUGGCAUGGACUGGUGUCUUCUUCUUCCUGAUGACUGGUUUCUUGUCCUAUCUGAAUUACGUGAAUUUCUGGUCCAUUCUGGCAAACCACGCUGUCUGGACUUAG